AUAAGGUUUUUUUGAAGAUGUAUCCACAAGAAUAUGUUGGUAAUUUGAAAAUUUUGAAUUUAUGUAAAGCUUUGUUGUAACACUAGAAGUGAAGAUUAAUACGAUUUAUCGAUAAGUGUGUGUAAAUAAAUAUGUUGCUUAUCAUGCCUACUAAAUAAAAUUUCAAGUUGUUACAUUUGGUAUAUGAACAUAAUAUUUUACUAUUAUAUACGUCUAAAUAAUGUCUGAAAAUGAAAAUAUUUAUAUUAUGACUACAAAUUCGUUAACUCCCUGUAUUGAAAUCAGUGAUGUUAACUAUAAUGAUAAUCAUUCAAUACCAAAAGAAACCAACUCAAACAAUUGUCUUAUUAAAAGUCCAGCUACACGUAAUGAAAUUUGCAACGAAAAUGUUGGUAAUUCAACAAAGGAUUUUAAAAUUGAAUUUACCAAAGAAGUAGAAAACCCAAUUAAUGGAAAUAAUGUUACCCAAUUGGUUAUUGAUGACCAAAAUCAAUUGAUAUCGUCUAUAACAAAACAGAAAAAUUUUGAUGAAAAUAACCAUGUGUCUCUUUUAAAUCUUGAAGACAAAAAAACUCAAAGUAGUGAGAGUAAUGUUCUUGAUAAAGAAACAAAUAAGAAUUUUGAAGAAAAUAUCUCUGAUGUUCUUAAUGAAAAAUCAAGUGUAAAUGAAAAAGAUGAAAAGUUCAAUUUAAUAAAUAACAAACCAAUUAAAAAUAACCAAAAAAAUGAGCUUGAUAAUAUGGAGGUUUUAAGUGCUGAUAUAACUUCAGAGUUUUUAACAAAAACAACUACUAGACCUCAGCGACAAGCUGCUAAAAAAGCAGAGAGCCAAAUUAGAGAAAUAGCUAAAGAAAUAAUAAAACCUCUUGACCGUGUUGAAGAAAAAGUUAUAGAAAUAAUAGAAGGGUUAUCUUCUCCGCUUAAAAAAGUUUGCUGCCAAUGUAAUAGGUUUCGUCUGUGUAAUUUCACUAUAAAAAGUCUUAAAUCUAUGUAUUUAUGUCAAGAAGAAUGUGUGACUAAUUAUCAAAAUAGAAUUAAUCAAUUACCAUUAGUAAAGAAAUGUGAACAAUGUCAAAAUGAUAUUGUUGAGAGCUCAUAUAAUUACUUCAAUUGGCAAACUAAAAACUUUUGUUCUGUAAUUUGCCUUAAUCAAUAUCAAACAUUAAUUUUUGAAAACAAUUGUGGUAAUUGCCAUGAAGUCAUAUCAUCAGAUACUGAUUUUGGAAAACAUUGCCGUAACAUAAGUGGAAAAAUAUUACAGUUUUGUGGUGUUAUAUGCUUAGAAAAUUAUGAAGAAAAGUUAAAAUUAUGUUCUUUUUGCCAGAAAAAAUUGCUUGGAAUUGAAUCAAAAGAUUUUUGCUCGUCAUUUUGCCAAACUAAAGAUUAUGAAUCUAGAAAAAAAAAAUGUUUUUUCAAUAAUAGUUAUGUUGGAAAAAAUGAUAGUAAUUUUAUUGCUGAUAGGUGUAAUAUUUGUUCCUAUAUAUUAGAUAGUUCUAAUACUAUGCAAAUUAUUGAUGAUUCAAAUUUUGUUAUACAAUACUGUUCUAAGGAAUGUUUAAAUAAAUGUAUAGCUACAAAAAAGAAAGUUGUUUCAUGUAACUUAUGUAAACAUAAAAAGUUCAAUUUUGAUAUGAUUUCUGCAAGAAACCCACAUUCAAACGAUAUAGUAAUAUAUCUAUGUUCAUUAUAUUGUCUCCAUCAACUUCCUGAAUUAUCUCAUAAAAAAAUUUCUAAUCAGAAUUACUUACAACAAUUACAAAUAAAUAAAAAGCAAAUGCAAAAAGUGAAAUCCAAAAGUUCAACUGACAAAUGUAUUUCAAGUGCUAGAGGGUCUACGCGCAAAUAUAAUCGUAAGGAAGAAAGCCAUAAGACAAAUUCAAAAUUCUCAAAAGGAAAAAGGAAAACUUGUAAAAAAAUAAUUUAUGAUGAAAUAACUGAUGCUGAUAAAUUGAUGGUUCAUAAAGAAAUUCAAACUGAUUUAACUGGCAAUAAAGGUGUUAUUAUUCCAAUUCCAGUACCUGUUUAUAUUCCAAUGCCAAUGCACAUGUUUACUACACCAUAUCCUGUACCAGUUCCUUUUCCUAUACCUUUACCAAUUCCCAUAUUUAUUCCAACUCCAAAAAAUACUUUAAAACGAAUUUCAAAAGAUAUAAAGAAAAUUCAAGAAGAAAUACCAAGUGAUCCUUUUGAAGCAGAAUUACUUUUAAUGGCAGGUAUGGUGGCUGAAGAAAAAGAUAACCACCAAUUAUUAUCAGAAAGUGAAAAUGAUUCAGCAGCAGAAUAUAACAAUGAUUCUAAAGAAGUAGAGUCAUCAUUAAGUCCUAAGAAUCAUAAUUCAUUUGGUGAUGAUGUUCUUGCAAUGGCAUUUAAUAUGGCAAGUGCUGAUACUGAAAGUCUUAAUGGGACAGAUGAUGUUUCAAACAUAAACACAAAUAGUAAAAGAGAAACAACACUAGUUGAUGAUGUAGAAGCAAAUUUAGUAUCUUCUACUAUAAUAUCACAAACAUCUAAUUCAAUUAACAGUCUUACACCAGACAACCUUAUUUCUCCACCAGAUGAUGUUUUACGCCGUCCUCCUAGAAAACGUACACCACGUACAACAUCACAAAAAAAUACAAGUGUAAAACGCUCACGUAAAAACAAUUUUCCAUCAAACUCUAGUAUACCAUCAUCCAACACAACAUUAUUACAACAAGAAAACCAAAACUCACAUUAUUCUACACAAGUUUUAGCUAUUAAACCUGAUGCACAUAUGUGCCUUAAAUAUACUCUAGGAGUAAAUGCCUGGCGUCAGUGGGCUAAUAUAAAAAGUGUUGAAUUUGAAAAAACACUAUCAUCUAAUACAUCUUCCAUGAAAAAAACUAAUAUAUUUAAGUUAGAUCUCUUACAAUUAACUGCCAGUGAACUCAACUAUUCAUUGUGUUUAUUUUUGAAAGAAUUGAGGAAACCCAAUGGAAGUGAUUAUGCCCCAGAUACUAUAUAUUAUCUUUGCUUGGGUAUUCAACAAUAUUUAUUUGAAAAUGGCAGAAUUGAUAACAUAUUCACAGAUAUAGCUUAUGAAAAAUUUACUGAUGCUUUAAAUGAAAUAGCUACAAAAUUUUCUGAAAUUUACAAUGAUGCAAAAUACAUUGUUACACGAGUAGAAGAAGAAUAUCUGUGGGAAAGUAAACAACUAGGAGCUCACUCACCCUAUGUUUUACUCUGCACAUUAAUAUUUUUUAAUGCCAAACAUUUUAACUUAACUAGCGUUGAAGAACAUAUGCAGUUAUCAUUUUCUCAUAUUAUGAAACAUUGGAAAAGAAAUCCAAAUCUACCAACUUUAUCUAAUUCUAAACAACCUAGCACUUACCGAAAUGUACUAUUGCGAUUUUAUCCUCCUCAAGCAACAAUAGAUUUACCAAAUUCUCGAAAGAAAAAAGUAUAUGAACAGCAUGAAAAUGAAGACAAUCCUUUAAGAUGCCCAGUAAAACUAUAUGAGUUUUAUCUUUCCAAGUGCCCAGAAAGUGUUAAGACAAGAAAUGACUUAUUUUAUUUAACACCCGAAAGAUCUUGUGUACCUGACAGUCCUGUGUGGUAUGCAGCUGUACCACUUGAUAAAAAUUCUCUAGAAAAAAUGCUAAAUAGAGUUAAAAUGGUAAAAGAGAUAAAUAUUUCAUUAUUGUCAUCUUGAUUUUUAUUGUUAAAAUAUAAUUGUUAAAAAUGUUUGACUUGAUUCAAUCUAAACAUAGUUAUUAGAUUAUUGUUAAUACAUUGGUCAAUAUUUAGUUUCAUUGUGCCAUUUAUUUAUUUAAACGUGUUAUAGUAAAUUUAUUUUGUACAGAUAUAUUUAAUAUUGAUGUUUUAUCUGUUAAUUUGAAAAUUGAAAGUUUUUCUUAUGUUUUUAAUUUUUUUUUAAUUUUUAAAUUAGUCCAAUAAAUUGUUGUUCUUUUA